AGUUAAUCCAUUAAAUUUAAAGUUGAGGUUGACCUGAGCUGUAUGCUGGACUAUAAAUUAUAUCAUUUCCCUCAAUCCAUUGAGUAUGGCAACAGCUGUCAUAGUGAAAAACAAUGGUAGGAAAGAUAUGACAUUAACUAGUGCACUAUUUAGCAAUGUGAAGUUCAAGAAAAGGGGAGGGACAGCAGUCCAAGGACUUGGAGUCUGCUCCGAAGAGAAACAUGGUGUUAUCUGGAAACAGAAACAUGUUCCUCUCAACAACUUGAAGCAAAAGCUCAGUCCGGUUUACGCUGCUUCACCAGAACAGAGACUAAACACAAGUCAUUUUGAUCGGAAUCUUCCAGAGGAUGGACUUCUGAACCUCCUUGUUUGUUUUUCAGAGAAGUCUGAGUUAACAAUAUUAGGGUCCUGAAGUGAGUGAAUUAGCUUCCUUGGAGUGGGGAAGAUGUUAAUAUCAUCAACGUUAAUGUGACAUUGUGACCUCUGAAAUAUAUGAUGAGCAACCAAAUCAAUACCAGAAAAUGGAAAUUGUAUUGCAGUACAAUUUUGUAGCACUAGUUGGCACAAAAUAUAAUGAAAUAAAUUUGAGUAGCAAUU